GGAGGCAGCGCUGCUCUGUCCUCCUCAGACAGCGGACAGAACCUGCCGGAUGUACCGAUGGCUUUGCUCCCUGCUCACUUCCCGGUGAUGUUGGCGUGUGUUUCUGCUUAUUGGUGCCAUCCUGCCGGCGGUGUGUCCGGUCAGAGCGACUGACGGUGGAUGUUUGGCAGCAGGGAUGCGCUCCGGCUUGGCUUGUUUCUUCAGACAUUAACGGCGCUUUAAAAACACCUCCACCAGUGCUGGAGUGAGAACCGACUGGAGCUGUCUGGUGGGCCCUACUGUGCUAUGGUUCUAAGAACCUGAAGUUUCUCCCUUACAGAAAGCUUUUCAAUCCCAUCUUGAAUCCUACUUGAUUCCUCGAUGGGUUCCCGUAGCCAGAGCUUCUUCCAUAACCACCAUCACCACCACCAUCGCAGCUCCAUGGUGCCCGCCACAGUGCCAAGGCUGCUGCAGGAGACUGGGAGUCUGCUGGGGGGCAUUGCUCAAAUCACACCAAACCUUUUUCUCAGCAGAGGGAAUGUAGCUUCCAACCGCAGCCUGCUUCUGUCCAAAGGCAUCACCUGCGUGGUCAACGCCACUAUCGAGCUGCCCAACUUCAACUGGCCACACAUGGAGUAUGUGAAGGUCCCGCUGGCAGAUAUGCCUCACUCGCCCAUCUCCUUGUAUUUUGACAGCGUGGCCGACAAGAUCCACAGCGUCGGACGCAAACGAGGUGCUGUGCUGGUGCACUGCGCGGCCGGGGUGAGCCGGUCGGCCUCGCUGUGCUUGGCGUACCUGAUGAAGUACCACCGCGUGUCUCUGGCUGAAGCCCAUGCUUGGGUCAAGGCCCGCCGUCCUGUCAUCAGGCCCAAUGGGGGCUUCUGGCGCCAGCUGAUCGAUUAUGAGAGGAAGCUGUUUGGCAUGAACUCUGUUAAGAUGGUGCAGACGCCCUACGGUAUCAUACCUGAUGUUUACCAAAGGGACCGCAGGACCCUCGCUCCUUACUGGGGCCUGUGAACAUCUGUGCUGCCCGUCCGUUCACAGUGAGGGAUUAAGGUGACUUUAAUCCGCAGUCCUGGCAGGCUGAGACCUGUUCCUGUCAGGUGAAGUAAGAUGUGUGAUUGUAGAUGUUUCUGAAGCAUAUUUACCGAAAAAGAACAAAGGAAAUGUAACCAAACGAUGUUGAUCGAUGGUGCUGCUGUUUAGCCUAGGAGUUUGAAGCAAAGCAACUUAAAGCCUAAAAUACGUCAACCCCAGUGAUCCGAUGGUACCAUGCUGGACUUAACACCCACAUUAUAAAGAUUUUAAAGGUUCAGUUUCCUGGUGUGCUGUCCCCAGUGCCAGAGAAGACAAGCAACGCUGAGGGGGUGUUUAAUGUUCCCGAGCCCCUGCAGCUCUGACAGUGAUGUCCCUUUCCUGACGUGGUGUCAUGUGGUGAUAUUGUGUCAGUUUCCCAGUGAUAUUUAAUGUGAAGGGCAGCAGCAUGCUCUGAAUUAAUGGUAGCAUUAAAGAAAAGUCUGCAGAAAAAUAAAACACAGGCAAAAUGCUCUGUUGCUAUAUACUGAUAGUGGGGGGGAUAGGGGUGGGUGGGGGCUUAUGGAGCACUUUAUUCAAACGUUCAAAGAUGUUGUGUCUAUCUUUUUAUGAAGGAGAAAUGUAAGGAAAUGUGUGAGCUAGAGAUGAAGGUUUAGCAAAAGCUCCUGUGUAACACAGGGUUGACCUUUCCAUCCUGUUACCACACUAUGUUAUUGUAGUGCUAUUGAUGCUGUAAUAAAAAGGAAUAUCUACUGCUUUAAUGAAGGGAUAUGUUUGUGGUGAAUAUUUCUAUCAAAACCUACAGGAC